AUGAACUCUCCCUCCCCAGGGACAUCGCAAGACCUUCAUUUUACCCCGCGCAAGGAGUUUAUAAAGGAUAUCAACGUCCCUCAGUCCAAAUCAUUUUCUCUUCUUGCGCUUUCUAGCUCCCAUUGUAUUCGUCUCUAUUCCUUUUCACCUCUUGUGAUCGCUUCUCUACGCCAUCUUCUGGAACAGUCUGUUCAUAUUUUAGCGUCCAGAGAAGAUUUAUCGCACAAUCUCUACGAAUUUGCUCUUGAUGGUAAACCCUGGGCCAAUCCAAAGUCCGUGUCGACAGAGAAGCUUCUCGUCGACAUCAUGGCCGUGAUUUACCGAUCUGGCUAUACGUAUCUCUCGACCAUUGAUUAUGGCAGAGAACCUGAUGACCGUUUGGCCAUGACUUUUUCAACUACUUGCAAUACCAUUCCUUUGCCACUGUCGAGAACUACCACACCGCUUCCCCCUUCAGCACAUUUGCUAAACCACAAUGGCAGCGCUGCAGGAUGUUCUUCGUCUCCAGGUGAAAAAUUCCUGCCUAACCGCGUUCCAUUCGCCAUAUCUUUCUCUUCCGUGACAGUAAUGCGUGUCAUUGCACCCCCACUUCACCUUACUCCCGCUAUCCUUCAAGCCGUCAGAAAGUCCUGGCCCAGGGGUGUUGUAGCAGAGAAAAAAGUUGGAGAAAAUUCAUACGAAUUCAAACUAAAAGGUUAUAAAUGGUUCCAGGAGGACACUUUUGCAACUGAUUCACUAGUACACAUCCUCACGUUGUUAACUUCACUCGACGCCCAUUCUUUCACUCUCUUAACCUCGAUUUCACUGACGAACCGUUCGAGAGUAAGAGACUUGUGGGUUUUUACUGGCCCUGCAGAAGAAGGUGGUUCUCCUCAUGAGAGCAUGCAACAUCUCUCCGAUGGGACAACAAACAUUGCUGGAGUACCUUCCAGUCCUUUCACGGAAGAGCUUCCGAGUAAUAAUAGCGCAAUACAACAUAGGAGGAUUGCUACAGAUCCAACUUUUUCUUCACCACACACACCACCAUCACCUCAUCACCAACGAACUGCUACGGACGUUCCUCAACGUUCACGGCAUGAUUCCCAUCGCCAAGUCCUGCGGAAACCUGCACCUAGAGCGCAAGUUCCAGUAUCAGUGGGCCAAGAUUUGGACAUACCAGAUCUGCCCGUGGACUCUGCCCCUCUUCGUACCCACAUGCCCAGCACCAUAUCAAGUGGUAUUGAGGAUAUGACGGGGAUUGGAGCUGGUCCAAAUAUAUAUAACAUCCCUUCACCCCCUAUUGGAGCUUCUCGGCAAACUCAUUCCGUUGUUAAACCAGCGGCGCAACUUCCUGCCAAUCCAUCUCCUCCUUUUAUUGCCCCAGACAGCACGAAUCCAUCACCUCCCGUAGAUCCCUCCUCAUCGCUGUAUAAAUCCUCGCGUUCUCCAUCAAAAAGCUAUUUCGACAUGGUUCCUCCUGGCACGUCAGACAUGCCUCCCUCGCUGCCUCCUCUCCUUGGUGUUGGGACCUUCCAUGACUCUGCAUUCUCAACAAACAGUGUAGCGAGCUGUGAGAUCCCUAUACGAUGGACUGGCCCACUUGAGGAGGAGAUCAAGAAGGAACAGAGGAUGAAGACCAGUCGCGCUCCAUCCAGUGGUGAACCACCUUUUCCUGGAGGCUGGCAACCGACGCCCAUUGUAGAAAAGUCUGAAGAUGAGACUCGGACAGCAACCUCGCCAUCAGACGACAAGAAGACACCAGUUCAUGAAAUAGGCUCUCGCGUGGAUUCACCUGAGAUCGUGAGGCCAGAUAUGCCUCUACGAAAAAGCGAAGCAGCUCUGGUUGGCAUCAUUCACUCGACUUCGCCACAACCUCCUGUUCCUCAGCUGAAUAGAUCCCAGCAGUCACAAUCGCCAGGUUCAGGACGUGGGCAAGGCUGGGUGCUUGUUGAUGUUGACAAUCCAAAUGUUCCAAGUGCGGCGAGCCAGAGUUCUCAACCCACCGAAUCUUCGAGGGAACUAAUGCCGGUUAAAUCGCUCGUUCCUAUUGAACAGCCAUCGCCGACUGCAAAGGCAAUUGUGAUAGUGGAUGCAAUGGAUAUGAAGCACAAGAAAACCCAAUCGACGUCAAUCCCCAAAGCCAAAGAGGGAGCUUCUGGCGUGCGAAGAUUCUUUUCACUGAACAAGAAGAAUUCGAAAAAGGCAUUGAACACGGAGGGAGGGUCUGAGAUUGAGAAGCCUGCACCGACGUCUAUACCACGGUCAAACUUGCGAGAUAAACUGCGGCUCAUUGGCACGCCAGAGGCACCGCGACGGGAGGACAAACGGCGCAGCAUUGACUGA